UCACAUUACACGAGUAGGCGUUGUUUUGAAAAGUACGUGAAAAUGUCGAGAUGGAUUCCCAACCCUAGCUUAAGUUAUUCUUAUGUUUUUCUCAGUUCGCUUCAGGACCUCGCUCGCGAAACAUUAGUGCGCGGAACCGCGAUCUCGUUUCAUGAAAGCCCUAGUCGGAAGGAAAUAUUAACAAUUGAAAUACCUGUAUGGUGUUUAGCUUAUUAACUGUUUAACUUAUAGUUUACGUUUCUUAAUCUUUUAGUUUAGUUUUACGUCGACUAUUUCAAAGUUAGGGGACUUAACUUGAGCGCGCUUUUCAGAAUAUUUUUUUUUCCCGAUAGAUUUUCGAUUUUCCGGUUUUCGAAAUGGGGUUGAUGCUGGUUUACACAUGGAACGUUCUGGGAAUGGGACUUUAGAUCCGAAGAUCCGUGGCUCAGUUUUCACUAUUCAAACUCAAACGAGAACUUAUCACCUAGAAGCCGAGUGCGAAGCGGAGAUGGAGAAGUGGGUAGACGUUAUCUGUAGAGUGUGUGGAUUACGAUCCACCGACGACGAUCGUCCAGAAGCCGUUGCAUCCUACCAGAACAAUACGAGAGCGGCUUCUAAUGAUCACUAUCAUCGCGCUUCUGAAACCACUGGCCCAUACAUACCGAUUUCGGAAUGUAUCACUGGCGUGCGCGAUCAGGACGACCAAAGGCACGGUACCGGUGUUGGGAAUCAUAGGUCUCCCUUGGGCAGGAUCUCGGAGAACAAAACUAACCCGAAGUACCUCAGUCAACCGCAGAUCCGUAUAACCGCAGCCGAGCUCUCAGAGAACGAAUCCAAUCCGAGCGAGGACGAUUGCAAAUCACUCGGCGCUAGUCAAUCCAAUAUGCGUGACUGGGCCGUCGCGAAGACUUUCACAAAGCUCACAAUAAAAUCGACUCAAAGGCGCGCUCUGUCUGAAGAUGGACCACCGGUGCCGCCUCGUCCACCGAAAACACUAACUAUGAACCGCGAAAUGUUCAACCGAGAGGUGCUCAUCGCUCAGAAGAUAUCCGAACCAGUCGAAUUGACCGUUGAAAGCGUUUCGGCUGUUAUUAUAUUGCAGCCUCAGUCCCAAGGGCAGGGACAUCCUUGGUUGCGCAUUCCGAGACGGUCGUCGCAGAGUGGCGCCCCUACGUCACCGAAGAAAUCCAAUCAGAACCCGCACGUUCGUUUCAAUGACGAAGAAGACGAAUACGCUUCGGGACAAAUUUCACUGCAGUACUGCAACAUGCCAACAAUGCCGAAUAUGCCGCCAGCCGUAGAUCGCAACCUGAAGCCGCGUCCUUCGAGUCAUAACAUGAGCCAGAUAAGUCAUAUUAGUGGACAGCCGCAUUUGCAAAUUUACCAGCCGGCCAAGCCUCGUUCUGACGUGUUGCAGUACUUGGACCUCGAUCUCCAGGCCGCCAAGCCUGACGCCAAAGGUUCCCAUGAAAUGCUGCGCAAGAGGACGGGCAUAAUACAUGGUAAGUCUAGAUCGGACUCCGAAACUCCAUACAAAACUGUGGAUUUCCUGAAGACGGAGGCCUUCAAUAUAACGAGACAGGACGCGGAAGCAUCACGGAACCUAGCUCAUUUAAGUCAUUAAACGUUAUUGUUUUUAACAAUUUAAUAAUUAUAGUACGUGCAAUAUUCUAAUGCGUCACAAAUUAGUUAGUCUAAAUACUUGAUAAUUUUAUCAUUCAAUAAAGAAUCUUCACUACAUAGUAUAAAACAAAGUCGCUUUCUCUGUCCCUAUGUAUGCUUAAAUCUAAAACUACGCAACGGAUUUUGAUGCGGUUUUUUUUAAUAGAUAGAGUGAUUGAAGAGGAAGGCUUAUAUGCAUAAUAACAUCCAUUAAAUAGUGGAGAAAUCAAUAAUAAAUUACAGUUUCCGAAGCGAAGCGAGGGCGGGUUGCUAGUAUAUUAUAAUAUACAUAUCGUCUUCUCGCAUUAAAACUAUAAUCUCAAAACUUACUAAUUUUACAUGAGAGUGUUUUAAAGGUUUAACAUGUGAUAUUUUUAAUAUUAAUCACCUUUGCAACAUUUAUUUUUUAACAGUUACAUUUAUCUAUCUUCUAAAGUAACAUAAAAUUAUAAUAUGUAUUAAUUUUGUUAAUAAUAGUCAAAAUAUAGGUAAACUAAAAAAAUAAAAAAAUAAACUACGCUUUUGAAAGUAUUUAUGAGAAAAAUACUGGUGAUACUAAAUGAUUCCGCUUAUUAACUCAAUUUCGAAUAUUUUAGGAAAUUGUACACUUUGAAUGCGAAGAGACGAUAUUAUGUUUUAUUUAUUAUUAAUCUUUUGUUUUCUGUAUUUAAUGUGUAACACGAAAUUAGUUGAUGAAUUUAUUUUUAUAUUAGCUGAAUGCUUUUAGGGGUCAUUUUAGGGUUUAUCUGCUCGAUAUUUUACAAUUAACUUCAUUCGGAGCGCGUUUGACUAUGGCACGUACUAUAUUAUAUUUUUUUUUGUAUGUAGAUAUUUUUAGUUUUAAUUUUUAGCCGAUACAAAGAUACUUCAGCUGUGCUAUUGCUGUUCCUUCACGCAAUCUUUAAGCUUGAGACGGGUUUUUCGUUAUGUUAGUCCAACGUUAGACGAACGCUUCGGGAGUUUUUAGUAAAAAACCCUUUUAUGUUUUGUACAACGAAAAUACUAAUCAUACUUUAAGUGGCAUUUAUUUUUAGAUACGUGCUUUAUCUCGGUGAAGUAUCUUUGAUGCGUUUUAUUUUAGUAAAAGUCUGAUUUGAAUCCUUUUUUGCAAUAGUUUAAUUUAUCUGUGAUUAAACGGAAACACGUCAUAAAAUAUAUAUAUGGCUUUCAUGGUGAGACUGUUACCUCUCGAUUAGCUACAAAACGACGGAAAGUCGUGAUUUUACGAAAUUAGUUAAAAAAUAAAAUUAGUUAUUGAGUUUGUUUAUGUUAUAAAUCUGACCAAAUUUUUGAAUUAUUUUAUUCUCUCUUUUAUACAUUUUUUUCUAUGUACUUAUUUUCAUUAUAUCUUGACUAAAUUGGUAUUUUUAUGCAAUUUUAUUGUUUAACUAUUUCUAUAAUAGACUUUUUUUAUGAGCAAAAGGCAUAGACAACUUUUUGUAUAUAUUUUUUUCGAUUUUAAAGUCACUUGAUAAUGUUUUAUAUAAACGUAAACUAAAUGAUUUUACUUUAAUAAUUAAGAUUCCCUUUAUCAUUAAUAUUUUAGCACAAAUUUAAUUUAUUUCACAAUUAUUAUUUUUUAUUUUAUUUUUAUUAAUCACAGUCAGUAUUUUUAUUUUGUCAGUUACUUAUUGCAUUGUGUCGUUACGUAGAUGCCAAGAAAUAUUAUAAAUAACUAUAUUGAUUCAAUGUAUAAAUGUGGAGGUAAUUUUCAAAAUGAUUAAUACAAAAACAGUAUAAUUAACAACAUUUUAUUGAUCGUCAUAAAGGCGUGACGUAUGCUGAACAUUUUUUUCUUGACAUGUGUAAAACUUGACACCCGUCCAUUAUAAUAUUCGACGCUUGAAAGGCAAACGUGACUAAGCGAUAAUGCGUGAAUUUAAAGUUGAAAUACCUAAAAACAAUUUUUAUUUUUUUUAUUGCCUUUGUAGGCAGACGGGCGUACGGCCCACCUGAUGGUGAGUGGUUACCGUCGCCCAUGGACUUCAGCAAUGCCAGGGGCAGAGCCAAGCCGCUGCCUACCGAAUUAACGAAUUUAGCUGAACGAUUUAACGAAUCUAGCUGUAGUAGAAUCUAGCUAGUAGCUGUAGGAUUGAAAUGAUUUUAAUAGACCUAGAAAUAUAUUUUUUUUCCGCAUCGAAUAUGGUUAUUACCUAUUAUUUAUGUACAAAGCAAUUAUUGUCGCUUAGUCACAUUUUCCACCGUAUAAAAUCAUCACAAUAUUUGUAAAACAUUCCUAUACAAUAUUUAUAUUAUUUUUUUAAUUAAAUAAUUACUAGAUCAACUGUUUCAGUAUAAUGACUAUUUGUUUGCAGGGUUAGUGUAAAAUGAAAGUUCUUUUAAUGUGUUUUAGUGAAUAAUUACAAACAAUUUUGUUUGUCCACACGGUAAUGUACUGAUUUUAUGUUGAAAAUGAAAGUGACCUUUGCUUUUUUUAAACGGCUAUUUUGAUGAUGGUGAUUAUGUUACGCUAUCUCCAACGUAAUGGUAAUUUUAAACAAACUUCUAUAUCUCUGAUCGAACUAAGUCAAUUUUUUUUAUUAUAUGUUUUUUUUUUAAUAUAGUUAAUUCAUUUCUUUAUUUACAAUUACCAAAAAAAUAAUGAAUACAAAGCGCGCAUUUAGAUUACAUUACGAUGGAUUUUCGUUUAUUUUUUUUCUUUCUGCAAGCCUACCUAAAGCUGUAUUAUCAAGAUUGGCGGGUGAUUUUGGGAAUAUACGAUUUAAAGAAAAAAGUAUAUGUUUCUUGUUUAAAUUAAAGGAUAAAAUCAACUUGGGAAUACUUAACAUUGUUGUUACCAUAGUUAAAUAAGUAUACAAUGACAAUUAAAUAUUUUGACAACUGUCAAAUGUGGAUUUUAGCCUAACGUCACUUUUAUUUUCUACAUAACAAGCACUAUACUUGUGUAGUCCUAGUAGAAUGAUGUAAGAAUCCACAAGCCCUUUAAUUGUAUUUAUGGCUCGUGUUAAAUGAAUUUCAAUCAUUCAAUUUGUACCCUGCAAAUUUAAUAUUACCUAGACUUGUGGCGUUUAAAAGGGCUUAUCAAACUGACAUAGCACUGCGAUUGUCGAAGAGGGUGACACUUGUCAAAGCUAUUUGACAAGUGAUGACAUUUACGAAACAAUUUUGUUACAUAAAAUGUUAGUCACAAUUUUAAUUGAAUUUUGAACAGUUUGCAAUGUUUUGUUUUAUCGUGUACAGAAAUGCAUUUUUUUAAUACUACUUUAAUACUAAUUAACUUAAUAAACUGCAAUAUUACGUAUUAUAUUAAUGUACCUGAUUAUAUUUUCUAAAUAGCUUCAUGUACACUCAUAUCACAGAAGUUUUUAAAAAUGUUCACUUAGUUUUAAUUCUUAACAAUAAUAGACGAUACAUCACAAGAAUCGCUAAUUACAAUUUUAUUAUGAAUUUCUAUAAAUUUUGAUAACGAUACAUUAGUUUUAUACACUAUUUUUAUCACUCGAUGACAUCACAUUUUUCUUAAACUAUUUAUUUAUGUAUGUAGUUAAAAACUUUCGUCAAAGAAGACGAACGGAUAACCGACAAAUACAAAUAUGUAUUCGUUUUUGUAAUUCAAUAAACAAAAGAACCUAUUCUUGUUCAGAUAGUUAGCAUCAAAUUUUUUGCGGAGACUAGACGUAUUCGGCACAAGACCGACAUAAUAUGAUGCUGGUCUUUAUAAAAAUAUUCCAGUGCCCAUAAUCGUCAGGUUAUUCUGGCUGAUUCCAACUUUCUGCAAGGUCUCCGCGCCCUUAGGGCGCGCGGGGUAUGUGGGAUUGGUCCGCAACUGCGAACUGCGGAUCCAUGGAUAUUUUAGCAUCCUACCCACUAAACGAUUCCCCUGCACUCUUCGCUCAAGCGUCCGAUCCCCUCCGAGGUCAGAACCCGGAUGAUGUAAGGGGGAUAUCGCGGUCAACACUACAACCAGACGGCGCAGCUCACCCCAAGAAGGCCCGGCCGACGGAGCCUUCGAGGUGAAUCGAAGGUUCUGAAACGACCGCCGUCUCGGUACGGUAGCCCGUCGGGCCGCUCAGACGGUGCCGCUGGUGUCCCGGAAUACCCCGCUGGACCGGAACCAGCCUGCCGGGUCGGGGCGCGAUGCACCGCCAAUCAGUUGCUCUUUUGAUCUUGAAAGAUAUUUCUCCCUGACAGCGUGCUGGUAGCGGGCCGCGCGGUCUCGACCCCCUCAGGUCGCCCCUUGACCUUCACCGGGAAGGAGAUAUAUCGAACGGCACCAAAAUUUGCCCUAAUAAUUGGAGCCGAAGUUCCGGGUGUAAAAUUCAUAAAACAAUACUUAAGACAGUAUUCUUCGUAAACGUAUGUUUUCGUUUGAACAAAAAUAUAUUAGACACGGAUAUUUCAAAAUUUAAAACUAUUUAUAUUAUUAUAUGAACAGUCAAAGAACUCCACAUAAAUUAUUUUAUUUGUGUAAUUUAUGUAGUAAUUAUAAAAAUUAAAAACGCACAUAUUAUAAUAUAUAUAAAAACAAUUGUAAGCUAACUCAAACGAACGGGGAAUCGCUUUUUUUUUCAAUUUGAAGCUCAAAUUAAUUGUGAUUUGUAUGUAGUUGUUUAGCAUUUUUUUUGUAUUAAGGUUAUUUUCGUCAUGUCUACAAACCGUUCAUCUUUGGAUUUUACUAUUUCACAGUCACCGGUCGUAGUGACAAUGCUUACGUAAAAAAUCAAUAAAAAAAAAUUCUUGAAUUGAAAUUUAAUUAAAAAAAUAUCUUAUUAAUUUAGUCGAUGCGUAUGUAGUUUUUAGACGAAUAAAUGUUCCUUUACGUUUCGUUUGCCAAUUAUAAUAGUGCUUUGCUUUAUUUAAAUUGUUGUUUAAAAAUUGUAUGUGUAUCUUAGAUUUGUAAUUAAAAAAUGUAAUCAGUGGUAAGUAUGCGUAAUGUAAAAAAGCUUAGCUGGUGCAUGCCCUGAUUGUAAAAAAAAACAUUUUGUUAGCAAUCAGCCUAUUACUGAUUUUUUGUAAUCAGUUAUUGAUGUUCAAACAACAAUUGUAUUACAUGAACAUAUAGGUAUUUGUGUGUGAGCCCACAAAAACAUGUCUCACGGUUAUGGCUUAAACCGAAUUUCAUCUUUUAAUUAGAAGGGGCUGAUAUCAUUGUACACUUUUAAAAACUAAUUAAAUUCGCAUUAAACAACCUUAAUCUAUGAACAAUUAAGACUCCGACGGUUUUAUUAAUCUUCGGUUCUAUUAAUUGUUAAUGUAGCUAUCGGAAUUCGUAGACAUUACAACGCGAAUGCUGCCACCCACAUUCAGACAUGAGGUCGAUAUAUCGAUUGAAUACAGUUGAAGUUUAAAAGAUUGGGGACAGCUAAAAUCAAAAGAUUUAAUUAUAAUUUCCUGUCCUGAAUGUUUCUUUCUUUCGUCUUAUAAAAACAUUUUUGAAAUAAUCACCUCAGUUUAAUUUCAAAAUAUCAACAAAAGAAAAACCUAGUUCUUUUAAUAGCAACGAAAUCAAACCAUAGUAAAAUAUGUAUUACAAUAAAUAAAAGUACAAUUAAAUUCGCGUUUUGUGGUACGUAUUUGUGCAGUAUUUAGUGUAGCUAGCUUUAUUAAAUGUUUUUUAAUAGAUAAACGUUUUUAGAAUUCACAUAAUUAGUAAUUUGGUGUUUUAAAAAUUAAGAAAACUAUUAAAAAAUAAAAAGUAAACGAGCAAUUUUAAGUAUUUUUGGUGUUAGAUUAGAAUCACAAUAAGUAAAUCGUCUGAAAGAUUUUCUUAAAUAUUGUUCUUGUUAGAAGCCUGCGCCCAAUUCCGACUUCCCUUAUUAACUUAUAAUCUGAAUUUUAUAGAAGCACGUUGGAAUCUUAGUAUAAUCAUUAAGAAAAUAUUCAUUAAUAUUACGUCUUUAAAAAAAUGAAAGAAACGUAUUAUGAAACUAAAAAGACGAACACGUUUAUAAAAUUUAAUCUGCGCAAGAACUGUUCGAACUUUUCAUUGAUACACUGUGAUUAAUUAUACGAUGCCAUUGCUUUCUCAGUUAUCAAUACUACAUACAAUAAAAAAAUAUUACAAUUCUAUAAAAAUCAAUCACUAUCAUAUAACUGUUAAAUUUAGGUAACUAGUUUACAAUCUUAACUAAAAGUUUAAGCGUUAAUUGUUGUUUUGACGCUAAGGAAAGAGUAUUAAUUAAUUUUUACCUCAUUUGAUCCACGCUUACUUAUGAUACGCCGUUCAAGAAAGUAAAGAAAAUAAUAUUGACUUGUGCUGACAAAACUAUCGUAUUAUUAUUAGUGUCAUACUCGUAUUCAAAUUAAGGCAGUAAAGUCAAAAGGCGCUCUACAUAUUAGUGAGCUUAAAAAAACACUAUAAACUUAUUGGCUGGCAUUCCAGAGAAAUCCUAUUACAUUAAUUUUCAUAGUUUAUCCGUAUCAAAUCGAUGGCUCCAAUGAACACUACUCUAACUCAAAAUUUUGAAAUUUUCGUUUUUCACGCAAAUCGCUUAACUAUUUUAAAAGUAUUACAAUUAAUCAUUAUUGAUGGGGUUCGAAGCAAGAGUAAAUCAGCUAGUUACACAAAAAAAACAUAAAUAUAUCUGCAAUAAUAAAGAUUUUAUUAACUUUUUUUCGUUUAAACGCUCCUCCUGUAAAUCUACAAAUUUGGAGUUAGCGUAGUGUUCAUUGGAGGCAUCGAAAUUAAUAUUACCUAGUAAGACUGAUGGAAAUUUUUAGUUUAAGAAUUUCCAAUUUCUUUGUUUUUAUCAGAGUCGAAAGAUCAUGUCAACACGUGCCUAAUUAAUAGCUCUCAGUCGUAACACUGAUAUUAACUAAUUCAACGAAAUAUUUAUAAUAGCAAACCAUAAUGUCUUUAUAACGUACCUACUUAUAAGUACACAUAUUUUUUGAAAUUUAUGGAUGUAUAUUAUAAUAUUAAAUUUACACUAUUAACGUAAUAUCACUUCCUCCGAAACCUCGUGCCUUGCGUGUUCUGAACAACUUAUACCUGUUAUAUAAUACAUUUUUACGUAUAAAACAUUGGACCAUAUCUAGAAACGUUUUCUUGAAAUAUUCUUAAACUACAUUACACAUUAUACACAGGUGUUGUUACUACUAUUAUUCUAAGAAUAUAUAUAAAUAUAUAUUUAUUUUAAGAAUGUGCUUUUUAUUAUCAUGUAUCAUAAUAAAAUUUGUAUGAUUUGACCGUUAUGAUUAUGAAUGAAAUAAAUGUAAGCAAGUGUAAA